AUGCAAGCUGCCUGCGAUCUCAUCUGGGCAAAAACCACUCAAAUGAAGCUAUCACUCAGGUCUAUUGUGUUGGUCAUGCUGUUAAAUGUGAAAUCUUUCCCUUACCAGUUCUCUGAUGGGACUGUUGCAGUGUUCUUGGCUGAGGCAAACAGCCUGUUAACAGCAUCCAAAGGAGAGCAUGUCACAAUGUGUCUGCUAUGUGAAGCCAAGGUGCCGGAUAUGCGAUGCCAUGUGGGUCAACACAUCCUUCGUGCAUUAUGCAACACGCGCGAGGUCAUCAGUAUGAAGGAACAGGUUGGAGAGCAUCAUCCGUGCGGGUUCUGUGGGCAUUCAGGAUGGCCAGAGUGUGCCAUCAUGAUCACAGUCACUGCAAGCAGCGCACCUACCUGGACAACAUGCUGUAAAUAUCAGCAUGCCUUCAAAUAUGGAGCUUGCACACUGUGCUAUCUGGUACUCCCCCCAGAGCCUGGGAGAUCUUCGCAAAAGGCACCUGUUCUCGCUGUUGAUGCUAUCUGGUGCUACAACAUGCUUGAGCAUGUUAUGACAGUGCAUGAUGAAUAUUCAGUUCCUGGGUACAGAUCAGAGGGUGUUGAGCUGCCUGCAAGCACCCGCAAUGAUAUUAUGCUGACAGACCUUGAGCAGAGCAGUGUGUGCAUCCCGAAGGAGCGCUGGAUCACCCCACCAAACGUUUCGUCUGGGACGGACAAGGAGAAUGUCCCUGCAUCAAGUUCCCAUCCUGUCAAACGCUCUAUGACCACUUCUACUAGCUACAAGCCUGCCAAGUGCACUUGCACUACUCGCACUUGA